AUGAGAAACACAGAAUUGAGCGACUCUAUGCUACAGCCAAGGACGGAGACGCAGCCCUCGAGCGCGCACUCUGUGGAUACCAAGCACUUGAGCCAUCGGAAGGAUAUCAUUCAAGAAGAGGUAGAUGAUAUUCUGUUUAACAUUUCUGACGAUGAGGCUAGGAACAGAGAGACCAACGGAAGUGAACAUGGCGAAGAUCGCAAUCAUCAGGGCAGCGAGGGAGUCAUCGACGCAGAGGAAGACGAAGACAGUAGUCUCGGUGCACCAGCCCCCAGCGAACAUGCCUUUGCGUACCAAAACAAGUUGAAAUACUUGCCCAAUGUCGAUUUCAAAGGUGAUAUAACCAAAUCGUUCAACUUGUCGUCACUUUCACCGCCAAGCUCCAUUCCAAAUACCUUCAAAUAUAAGUCCCACCCAAAUGCGAAGACGAAGCUGAAGUUGGGCAUUGUAAAUUAUAACGAAAUCGAUGAAGAGGACGAAGGCGAAGGCAGCGAUGGGAUUGUGGAAGAUGCUGUAGAGGAAUCGAAUCAGAAUCACUCAGAAUCAGAGCCCAGUCUCCCACCGAUCACAUCUACCAUGAAUGAGAAGAACAAGAAGUCUGACACAACUCCCAAUUGGAUGCCAGAUGUGUUGAGCGAGAAGUGGUUGCCCGAGUCCGUCGAAUUCAAGCCCGGUCUCUUGGGGAAUAACAUCAGGUCUAAUAAUAACGGCAAUAUUAACAAUAAUAGUAAAAGAAACAGUAAUAGUGAGAGUAAUGAAAACUAUAACCAGAACUUCAUAAAUAACCUAGAUGACUUGGAUUUUAGUUCUUCCGUCAGGAUAAGAAAACCUGUAGAUUCGAAUAAAGAGUCUUUAGAUUUCAAUUUUGGAUCCACUGGGAACACAAUGAUUCACAACUCGAGAACCAAUCUUAAUAACGACACACCAGAGUGGAUGAAGGCUACAAAAGAAUAUGAAGCUCAGAAGAAAAGAAACCAGUUGCAAAAUAUCUUUCUUUCAGUGAGUGAACAUGCAAGCAACGGAGGAGCUGGAACAGGUGUUGCGAGUGGUGCGGGCCACUCAAUAUCAUCCACAGCAUCGACGCCAAUACCGUCCUUGACCACUAGGGAAGUGGAACAACUCCAACACCUUACCCAGGAGCAAAUUCAAGAAAUAAUGGAACAAGUGGGUCCUGCAACAAAGGUUCCGGAAUCUCCUUUGAAGUUGUUCGGUACAAAGUACAACACUUUCACUAAAGACAGAUUGAGUAAUUUAUUACAGAGAGUGCAGAACAAGUCUCCCGCAAUAACCUCAAGUAUAAAGCCCAGCGAUGAAAUUGAUAUUGGUAGUGAAGAUGGCAUUGAAGCUGAAAAGAAAGUAGAAAACGAAGAAGAUCAGAUUCAAGUUUCGAAGAAAUCGCCAAGAAAGCCAAAACAAUUCAUAAUUCCAAACAUUUUAGAGCCUAAAAUGAACAUCAAAAAUUUCACCAAAUCAGGAUCGUACACGGAAAAAGAAUUCCUUAAAAAUGCAGACGAUGUAUUCAAAGAUAUUCAAGAAAGAGGGUUUAAGAGGAAUAUUAGAGAUGUGACCAAUUUGAGUAACGUAAUUAAUAAUCACGAUAAAACCAAUAACACUAAAACCAGGAUAGUUUCUUCCGCUACUUCAACUUCCACUCCCAAGAAUGAUAAAGUGAGCAACAUUAGUGAAUAUUCAUCGUUUACCAGCGGCCUUGAAGAGUUCGAGGAAAGCAAGCAGCAAACGGAAAACCAGUCUAGUACUAAUAAUGAUUUUACUUCAUUCGAGGGAACUUCACGAGAAGGAGAUACCAAUAGGUACACUCAACUAUCACCAAGAAAUCUUAAAUACCUCCAGCGACAAUUAUCUGCUGAAAUGGAAAGCUCAUAUACAUAUGAUGGAAGUGAUAGUAACAGUGAGUUUGUAGUGGAUAAGGAAAAAGUGUCGAAAGAAGCUGAGGCUUCAGAUAGGUUACACGAUCAAAGAAAAUUAGGAAAGAAGGACAAAGGAAUCACACUGAUAUCAAGACGAUUGGAAGAAAUCGAAACCAUGCUUUCAGAAAAACACGAUGAUGAGCUACAAAAAAUCAGAAGAGAAAAUGAAUUGCUCAAGUCUGAACUCAAAAAUAGGAAUAAUAUGAAUAAUGACUUUGUGAGCCCACUUCGCGAUCCCACGAUGGACAGCAUUGAUGAUUUUACCCAAGACGAAGCUAGCCAAGUGCACGAUUUUAUUAAGUGGAAAAGGAUAUCACAGUUAAAGUUGCGUGAGAGUCCAGAGUCAGAUUCUGGCUCACCCGAUAAGUCUCAAUCAUUUGUAAGAGGUAGAGUCAACCCCAACGUUGAGUUACCUAUUGAGUACAAUAACAUGAUCUUUGAUGUUGCCAAUCAAAAAUGGAUCAAUAAUGAAGAUAAAGACGAAGUAAGAGGAAGUUUGGAUUCUAUUGAAGACUUGGUAUCUGAAAAGGGCAGUGAAGCACUUAGAGAAGAGCAAACAGGAGGAAGGAGCGAAGUUGAUUUGAUGGACAAGUCUACAAAUUCAAUAAUGAAUAAAAUGAAGAAUAGCCGAAAAGGUGGCAAUGGAAGCAAGCUUGAAGUCUCAUUUCACUUGCCAAACCUGACGAUGGAGUCAGAAGAUGAUUUUAAGAUGAAAAAUAGUAGCGCUGUUACUAAUGUUUCACAGCUUCAAGAUUCCACAUUCAGUCAGACAAGAAAACGGUUGGUAAAUAUUAUAACAGAUGUUUUGGGAACUGAAAAUUUAGAUUGGGAUGCCGUCUUUAAUAUUUCCAUGGCAGGAUUUGAGUUGGAUAAUUUGAAAGAUUUAGAAAGAUUUUUACCAAGAUUGAAAAGUCUUGAUGUUUCAAAGAACCAAAUUAGAUUUUUAGAAGGGAUACCAAAUAAAGUAUUGGAAUUGAAUACGUCAAGUAACAAGAUAGACAAUCUUAGUUCAUUCAAAAGAUUUCAUGAUUUACAAGUACUCAAUUGCUCAUUCAACAUAAUAAGCUCCUUACAAAGUUUAUCUAGCAAUAUUCAUUUGACAGAGUUAAAUAUAAGCUACAACAAGUUGGUCAGCUUGAGAGGAUUGGAGAAUUUCUCCAAUCUAGUUACUUUGAAUGCCUCCAAUAAUGAGCUUAAGGGAGCUCUUGAAAUUAGCGGAAAACUUAGAAAUUUGCAAUCCCUUAACUUAUCUGAUAAUAAAUUAGAAAGCUUCAGUGGCAUUGAAAAAUUGAAGUCGCUAAGAGUACUCAACUUGAAUGAAAAUCCCCAUUUGAAGUCGAUCAGAUGUCAAGGUAGACACUUAUAUUUGAAAAAACUUUCCUUGAAGUUGAAUAACUUGCAAGAUUUGGAGGUUGAAUGCUUCCCAAACUUGAGAGUCCUCAGAAUUGAUGGGAAUCAAAUAGGAUCAUUCAAGAAUCAGUUGAGAAAGUUGAGGAACCUAGAAGAGAUAAGUUGCAAGUCUCAACCGUCCACAAGCACCACUAUUAAUGAAAUAUUGAGUGAUUCUAGAGACUUGAAGACAUUUGAUCUUUCAGGUAAUUCCUCGACUGUGCUUGAAGUAGUGAGUAGUCACAAGUUGAAGUUUCUCAAUUUGAACCGCUUGACUUUAUCUGCUAUGAAUAUAAGUACCUUGCCUGAAGAUUUUGCAGAAGCCUUCCCUAAUGUCAGAGAAUUAAAUUUAAAUUUCAACAAAUUGAAAUCGAUUGAGCCAUUGUCUAAGUUAACUAAUUUGAAGCGAUUAUUCAUAAUCAGCAACAAUAUUGAUAAAGUUCAACUGAUUGUUAGCGCACUUUCUACUUCAAGUAUUAGAAAAUCGUUACAGGAAAUUGAUCUAAGACUAAAUCAAGUAAAUAUAGACUUCUAUCCCUUCGUUUUCAACAAGCUGGAGUUAGAAUAUAGCCAACAUUUGAAAUCAACGGCCAACAUCGACAUUCUGCCUAUUCAAUUGGAAACUUUGGAUGAUAUUGAAAGCUUUGCUAUUUUAUACCAAUCGCUCAAUAAAAGUUAUGAUGAGUGGGUAGAUAGAGAUACCAAAUUUCUUGACAAGUUGAAGUCUACACCUAAUGAUGAGGGAAAGAUCAUUCAAAGAGUGAAUUAUGAAAUGCUAUUAAUUAACUUAUUUGUUAAUCUAAGAAGAUUAGAUGGAAAUAUUAUUUCCCAAGAAAAGAAAGAAAUACUUAAACAGAGAUUAAGAAUGAGAUGA